CCCGAACCUCCCCGAACCUCCCUCUUUUGAUGCUUGCGUGCCAACUGUCAAAAAUAAAGUGCACCAGUUCAUGGGCGCCAUCGGGCGACAAUGCUCCGUCAUUAACCUCGACCCGGCCAACGACCACACCAACUACCCCUGCGCGCUCGACAUCCGCAACCUCGUCACCUUGGAGGAGAUCAUGUCCGACGACCGCCUGGGACCGAACGGCGGGAUCCUGUACGCACUGGAGGAGCUGGAACACAACAUUGAGUGGCUGGAGGAGGGAUUAAAAGAGCUAGGCGAGGACUAUAUUUUGUUCGACUGUCCCGGUCAGGUCGAGCUCUAUACCCACCACACAUCUCUGCGCAACAUCUUCUACCGGCUGCAGAAAUUGGGAUACAGGCUCGUAGCAGUCCAUCUCUCCGACUCCUUCUGCCUGACGCAGCCCUCGCUCUACAUUUCCAACCUCCUCCUUGCGCUGCGCGCCAUGCUGCAGCUUGACCUCCCGCACAUCAACGUCCUGACCAAGAUUGACAAAGUCGCGUCGUACGACCCGCUGCCCUUCAACCUUGACUUCUACACCGAAGUACAGGACCUGUCGUACCUCAUUCCGUGCCUCGAGGCCGAGUCGCCGGCGCUGCGCAGCGAAAAGUUUGGGCGGCUGAACCAGGCGGUGGCCGACCUGGUGGAACGGUUCGGGCUGGUCAGCUUCGAGGUGCUGGCGGUGGAGAACAAGAAGAGCAUGAUGCACCUGCUGCGGGUGAUCGAUCGGGCGAGCGGCUAUGUGUUUGGCGGCGCCGAAGGGGCCAAUGAUACCAUCUGGCAGGUGGCGAUGCGGAACGAGUCGUCGCUGCUGGACGUGCAGGAUAUCCAGGAUCGGUGGGUGGACAACAAGGAUUUCUACGACGAGUUGGAGCGGAAGGAGGAGGAGGAGCAGGAAAAGCUCCGGCAGGCGCAGGCCGAGGCGCAGGCCGAGUUGUCGUCGGGUGUCGAUGCUCUUGGUUCCUUGUCGGGCAUGCCGGUUUCCAAUAGCGGUAUUCGGGUGACGCGCAAGAAAAAGUAAAACAAAAACACUUCCCACCAUU